CCUGCCUAGCCGUUGCUUUGCAUUGUGGGAUAUAACACAAGUAAGAUGGAGGUGGCCUCUAACAGCAGGUUGAAGACUCAAUAACGUGUCAAGUGUUGUAUGUCAGCACACAGAGACACUGUAUGUGUUGUAGAAAUUACAAUAAACGUGGGACUAGAUCGCAGCUGGACGUGUAAACAGGGACGAUGUCUGUUGUCGGAGUCUUACUGAAAGCUGGAGCGUCCUUCUGUCAGUCCGCUGGGUCCCUGCUCGGCACAGCCAGAACCCUCUAUACCGGAACAUGCUGUCAGAUAAGGAUGCAUGCGAUCCCUCAGCUGAAGACGGUGGACAGGUGGACUGAGAAGAGGAGCAUGUUUGGUGUCUAUGAUAACAUCGGCAUCUUGGGUGACUUUAAAGCUCAUCCAAAAGACCUCAUUGUCGCACCCUGCUGGCUGAAGGGUUUCAAAGGCAAUGAAAUGCUACGUCUAGCCAGGAAGAAGAAGAUGGUGGGUGACCGAAUGAUGACUCUGGACAAACACAACUUGGAGAAGAGGAUCCGCUUCCUCUACAGACGCUUCAAUCGCACUGGCAAACGGCGCUAACGUUGGACAAACCAUACCGUCAAAUGCGUUUGACCCAUCAAUAAGGACUGUUUAGUCAAUCUGUGUGAUGUCAUGUUGUUGAACUUCUGUAAAGAUGCUUUUUUUCAUCAUCAAAUUCAUAUAAAGGCAAGCUUUGUGUUUCA